UCAAAUUUGAGCCAGCAUUUGCCAACUACUAAAUUAACUACUUUAGACUGUUGAAAAUGAGUCCAAUGGAAGCAUCGAAGUUGAGUAUUGCGAAUCACAUUUGGGCCACACCGUUAGUGCGGCAUUGUUGCCGCUGUCGAAUAGUGAUAGGAAAGAAAUAUCUCUGCUGCUGAAAAAGAAAUUCUCCAUACCAAGCAUCACUAGAGCAGUUAGGAUGGAGCACUCGUUACCUUCUGAGAGACUCUACUGGGUAACCGGAAGUGAUGUGAGGAAUAUCUUGGCAAAUAUUGGAAUUGAACGAGGGCGAUUUCACGACAACGAUCUGGAAUCGGUAGCGGAGCGGGUCGCGAGAAACGAUCCGCAGGACGGCCUGAGACUGUUCAUCCCACCCACCACUCCAGAAGGCACAGGCUUCUGCCUGGUCAUAAUCACCCCCUUCCAGCUAGCUAUGUUGGAGAAGUAUGGUAGACAUGGAGUCAGCCUUGACGAUACCCAUAACUCAUGUAGAUAUAAUUUAAAGCUGCUCACUUUUAUGGUGGUAGAUAACGCUGGAAGGGGCGUACCCGCGGGGUAUAUGAUCAGCGCAACCAUGGAUAAGGAUGCGGUUAACAAGUUCUUCAAAGUUGUAAAGGACCUCCAUCCGCACUUCAAUCCUGAGUGCUUUAUGACGGACAACGCCAACACGUUCUGGAAUUCUUUUGCUGACACAUUCCCAGAGGCGGCUAAAAAAGCCAAACGUUUGCUUUGUUCGUGGCACGUCCAGUGCGCAGUGUUCGACAAGUUCAUGAGCUUGUUUCCUGAGAAGACCAGGAGAAACAAUGAAAUUCACGCGACUAUUUUAUCCCUUUUCACAGUUUCCAACAAGCCCGAGUGGCAGCGAUGCCUCUCAUACUUGUACAAGAGGCUUCGCGAGCUUCAGUCAAUCGGUGACGAAAAGGAUGCGCAAGAAUACUUUUCUACACACUAUCUCUCUAAGAAGGAAACAUGGGCGCCCUAUGCGAGGUCGUCAAGUAUUAUGAAUACAAACAUGUUCAAUGAGCGAUUCCACCGCUCAUUGAAAUAUUCUUACCUGAACAAGGCUUCGAAUUCAAGACUGGACACAUUAGUACAAGCACUACUGGACAUUAUUUCGGAUACUGCUAGAGCUCAUGAAAUCAUGGUAAGUUCAAGCCAACGGGCUGUGGAAAAUCAAGAUGACUAUUCUAUUGUGCGAACGGCGGCAUCAUCUUGGGCGGUCAAGUCAGACAGGACUGGGAGGACUUAUUCCAUCAGGACCGCUGAAUGUCCUUGCAAGUCCGGAUUUGGACAGCACUGCUUGCUGUGUAAUGUCUGUCCCUUCGCAGUGUCGUGUUCCUGUCCGGACAACAUUAAAGCCGGAACUUCAUGCAAGCAUAUACAUGUCUUCCAAAUACUCCAUGACGGUAACUUAAAAUUUUAUGUUCCAAUUCAUAGCUUAUUCCAAAUACUCCAGAUAAGGACAGAAUUGCGAUUGGGAAGGAAAAAACAUGGCAUUCCUCCUCUAAUAGCCGAAGAUAUUGAAGGAGACGAUGAAUUGGACCUUUGUGCCGUGUGCGACAGGCGUGAACCUCCUGGAGACUUGACUGAUACCGAGAACGCAUCCAUCGACUGGGUGCAGUGCGACGAAUGUCACAG